GGAGAUCGACUUCUGUCUCUCGUGGGGCGCUCCGAUGCCACUGUCCAUCCUCCGCUUCGCGCCGACCCUACGCGUGGCGACAUUCGGCUGUUGCAGGUUCUUUGAGGAGGACGCGCCGCCGUCGUUUAACUUCCCUUGCCUUGAGAAGCUCACCAUGACAUUCCUUUCCGUCCGGGAAGACACCCUCGACGUCCUGCUCGCUGGCUGCCCUGUCCUCGAGAGCUUGAUGCUGGAAAGCUGCAGGGGCUUGUGCCACCUGCUCAUCAAUUCAGCAACUCUUCGGAGAAUCGGCAUCCGUGACCCUCCGCACCCCUAUCACCUGGUCAUAGAAAAUGCCCCCAGACUAGAAAGAUUGAUCAGAACUCAUCUUCAUCCAGAGUCCACUAUCUGGCUAAUCAAGGCACCCAAGCUUGAGAUCUUAGGCUCCAUGACAGACGACUUCGCUAAGCUCAAGAUUGUGUCUUCAAUUUCUCAGGGAAUGGCUGCUGGCAACUUGACAGCACUGACGCGCAGCGUCAAGGUUUUGCAUCUCGCGUCUAAGGGCCCUAAUCUUGAUGCAGCUAUACUCUUCAUCAAACAAUUUCCUUGCUUGGAGAAGCUCUACAUCACAUCAUGUCCAGGAAAUGAUAUGGAGAAUGUGCAUCAUCUUAAUCCACAAGAUCCUAUUGAAUGCCUCAAUCAUCUCAGAGAAGUAGAGUUGAAUUUUUAUGUUGGCACCAGAUCAGAUGUUAACUUUGCUAAGUUCUUUCUCCUGAAUGGUAAAGUACUCGAGUUAAUGAGAUUUGGUGUCAAGGACCAAUAUACUGAGGAAUGGAUAGCUGAUCAACACAGUCAGCUGCAGGUUGACAGUAGGCCUUCUCCAAAUGCUCAACUUGAAUUUGAAGCUGCUCAUGAUCCUGAUUAUUUUGUUCUCGACUGAUCCCUCCAGUAGACCUUGUGAAAAUUGUGGACAAGGUUGACUAGAUUGUUCC